AUGACAAUGGAGGACAGAAGCAGCCGCACCGGCAGCAGAGAAAGGCUUGGACUCAGCUUCACUAUUGACUACCUUCUGUUCAAUAAAGGAGUCAAAGGUUCUAAAGAAGAAGCGACAGGAAGUCGUACUGCAGAGCAGACAGCGAACAACGUGCUAAAUCAUCAGAAUCCUGAACCCAGAGAGGUGGGGAUUCGCUCUGAGACACAGGAGAAGCGGCUACAGAGGUCAGAGGCAGAGACUGAAGAAAGGAAAGUCAAAGAAGAGGAGGGGGAUGAAGAGCAACAAGAGGAGGGGGAGGAGGAAGUGACCACCACCACGUCUACCAGCAGCAGCCCAGAGAAGUCUGCGGAAAAACCCAACCAGUCGUACAUCGCGCUCAUCUCCAAGGCAAUCCUGGCGUCAGAGCAGAAGAAGCUGCUGCUAUGUGACAUCUACCAGUGGAUCAUGGACCACUACCCCUACUUCAAGAGCAAGGAUAAAAACUGGAGGAACAGCGUGCGUCACAACUUGUCCCUGAAUGACUGCUUCAUCAAAGCAGGCCGCAGCGACAACGGUAAAGGCCACUUCUGGGCGAUUCACCCCUCCAACUACCAGGACUUUUCUAACGGGGACUACCACUGCCGCAGGGCACGCCGCAGGGUACGCAGGGUGGCAGUACAGCUCCCCCUUUCCUCCCUGAGCUCCCCCUACCACCCCGUCCUCGCCCGGCCCCACAGAACCACCUGUUGGUGCUGUCCUCAAGUCCAAACGUUCCCUCUGCCUGCCUUGGCACCAAGACUCUACUGGCCCUGGUCCAGUGUGCAGCCUCAAGUGGGGCUCCACCCGGGCCUGCGUGCCUCUGCACCCUGA